CGCCUGCGGGGUUUGUCUCACGUCAAUCAUUCGACUGGGCUGUGCAGAAAACCAAUCGCAUCCAGCAAAGACCACCCAUCAAGGGCCGCGACAGACCGUUGGCUCCCACGAUCAGGCAGGCAUUGUGACAUCUAGACCAGAUUCAAGCAAACCCUGGGAACACCAUGUCGAGCGAGCAGCAGCAGAAGCCCGAGGCGCAGCAGCCCUGGUGGGCGGCGUUCCCCGCCCCCAAGUCCGACUGCGCCAGCCUGGACCCGGCCGAGGUGCUCAAGCUGCUGGAAGGGGAGGGCGGGGACGGCACGCCAAAGGACUUCCUGCUCGUCGACGUCCGCCGGACGGACUGGGAGGGCGGCACCAUCGCAACCUCGAUAAACCUGCCCGCGCACACGCUGUACCAGACUCGCAGGGUCGUCUACGACCUCUGCAAGAGAGCAGGCAUCAAGCGGAUCAUUUUCUACUGCGGAUCUUGCUCCCACGGUGGCAGGGGCUGGAAAUGCGCCGGGUGGAUGCAGGACUUGCUCGAUGAGGUGGGCGAAAAGGAAAUCAAGGCAUUCACCCUCGGGGGAGGAAUAAAGGCGUGGGUAGCCCAGUACGAAAGCAGGCAGAUGGAGUGGUACGAGGCGGCAGCAUGGGAACAGUCCAAGUAGAGGCGCGCUAGUCUCGCCGCCCCCUUGCGGGACCGCGUCGAUGCUCAGAUUUCAUGCUGGGGAUGCAUGCACCAUGACUCUUUCUAUAAAAACUUUUUGUUUCAACCGCCGGGUAUCACUCCUCUUCCGGAAAAAGAGCCCUCUAAGAAAGAUCUCGGGAAAAACAACG